CCAGCCGAACCGAAGGGAGCUCGCGCCGUAGUGGCCGGUACCCGUUGGGGUGCGGGGAAGGGGCGCGCAGGGUUCCCGCCACACCGCGCCUGUCGCGAGCAGCUCACCCAGCAGGCGAAUCGCCGCCUGUCCCCGCCCCCCCUCCCUCCGGUCGCCUCCCGCUCCUCUCCGGGCCCUGCCUGGCUCCGCGCCUCAGCGCCGCCCUCACUCGGGCCCCCUUUGCCUUAGGGGCCUUUGGGCUUUGUUCGAACUCCAGCGGCUGCGGCAGGUGUUGUUGAGUCCCUGCCCCCGGCCACAGCUGCAAAACCUCGCUUCUUGGUUAAACCCAAAUGCCACCAGCGCAGGCGCGUGCCGGAGGGGAACAUGAACAGUGAUCUCACCGUUGGAAAAGCUUCACACACAACGCACGGUCCUGCAGCGCCUUAGAGACUCGCAACAGAUGUAGACGGCAUUUGUAAAGACCAAUGGAGGAAGACAAAUGGAACAGUGCUGCAAGAGUCAUUCAGAGAUGCUGGAAAAGAUGUAUUGACAUCCGUGUCUUUCGAUACUAUAAGGAACUAAUAGGCUUUAGAGGAGUUGGGGACCCUCAUCUUCUGAUGAAGUGCAUUGACCCUAGAGAGGCAGAAUUACUAGAUGCUGCAGCAGGUGUUUAUAUCCGAUUCAGACUAGGUGGUACCAAAUAUCCUCCAAGUAUAUAUUACAAAAUAUUCACUCAUAGACCCAUUGUGGAUAUGUGUGCUAACAGUCCUAAAGAUUAUACAAAGUCAAAACAUAAACAGCUAUUGCCAGAGGCUGUUCAUGGAAAGAUUUGGAAGGAUGACCGUCGUGGCUGGUACAAGCGUGUGGAGAACAAUGGUUGGAGACUUCUUUCUAUCAGAGUUUGGAGGACCAUAGAUUCUGUAACUGCUGAGGACAAUACAAAAGAAAAGGAAUUCCAUUAUUCUAAACUGAAGAGGAAAAAAGACAUUGACAGGAGAAGAAAAAGGAGAAAGAUUGAAUGGAUGACAAAAAUGUAUUAUGCAGGGAGCCUCCGAGUCAAAACAGAGGACCCUACCACUGCAGUCUUAAUUCAGAGAAGUGCAGAAGGCAUUGUCAAUGCUGUUGAGAAAGGAGGAACAGACAACGUAAUGGAAUGGGAAGUGGAUGAACUGUUAAAAUGGACAAAUGCACUAAACUUUGAAGAAUAUAUUAGCCAGUGGAAAGAAAUUGCAACAAGCAAUUCAUCGGCUAACUACCAGGGUUUCCAGUUUUUUGUCUCAGAACAUGAUUCAUGUGAAUUCUCACAGCAACCUCAUAAUACCAUCCAGGAAAUACCAAUUCUGAAUCUUUUAACUUUGAAUGAAUCAGAUUUUAAGUCAGGGACAUCUCUAACACCAUUAAACUCACCUUGUGACUGAUGAGCAAGUCUCCAAACAAUUCUGAAUGAUAAUUUUGCUCCACUUCAAUGUGAUAAGUAGAGCUAUAAUUUCUGCAGUUAGAGCUGACUAAAUAAGAAAUCUGCAUGUAAAACAAACAUGUGCUGGUCCAUGAUUCUUUUAUAAAAACAAAUCCAUGAAUCAGUAUCCAAAUCCAUGAAUCAGUCAUGUUAACCAUAACUUUCUCUGCUUUUCUUUCUGUUCUAGAACAUCUACUUCUCCAAUAAAAUUUACCAAAUGGUUC